AAGGACCGACCGACAGGAAGAAGGACAAGGAAGUAGCAACUUCAAUAUUUUGAAAUUUUGAUUUUGUUCCGUCUAAAACAAAAUUUCGAGUGUCUGUGCUGUGUUUGUUACACUCUUAGGGUUAGGACGAACUAGUCUCUUGAACAACAUCAAUCGAGGUUGAUAACCACAACAUCAAUGAUUGAAUAUUAUAUUAACUUCAGGAGCACCAUCAUAGAUACGUUACCGCUUUGUUCUUGACUUGUUUUUCUUUUUCCUACUAGCGAGCGCAGCACUUGUUCAUUUUGAAUACCCAACACACACUUUCAAACAAAAUGUCGAACUGGUUCGACAAAGCUAAAGCGUGGACGUCCGACGCGGCGACGAGGGCGUCAGAAGCGGCCUCCAAGACGCUGGAGAAGACGAAAGAAAAAGCAAAAGAAGCCAAGGAAAUCGCGAAACAUAAUUAUGGCACUAUACUUCUUUAUCUUUUUCCUCAUUAUAAAUCCUAGGUUAGUCAACAUCUCUCCAACCAAUGGAUGGUGCAAACGCUGUGUAGCCUCGUCCACAUGCACUGUAUCCGUUACCUAACCUCCAACCAAUGUGUUCUAUACUUCUCAGACUCAGCGAGUUACAGAAUGCAAUACCGGGGAUACAGGAUGGGUGGUGACCUCAAUGUUCUUCGUUGGUUUAUGAUCUUCAGGAGGAAGGGUCUCAGAGAAGUUUGUCUACUUAAAUCGUUGUAUUCCGCUUCAGAUCAAAUUAAAAACUCUUCUAACUCAAACUGGGUCGAACCGAGUCGGCCUAUGAGUUAAGCCGGCAGCUGGAAGAGAAGGCUCGCAAUGCUACGACAUUGGCUGCCAUCGCUGACUUGCACAGGAGUUGGAUUUCCGCUUUGAAUAAGAAAGACGGUCCGACCUACGCUUUAAUGCUCUCUGAUGCUGGAACACUUGCUGCUAUUAUGGAGUAGUCUCUUUCUCUAGCGUGCUAUGUAUAUAUGUACCAGGGAGGGAGGCCCCCCCCCCCCCUGUAUAUAAAUAUCUACUUCUAGGGUUGAUGAAAGUCGGUCGUGGGUCAUGAAAUACUGUAUGAUGUAGUAUUUGAGAAGUUGCACGUAACUUCUGUGCAAUAUUGUCUCUUAGGUGGUCAUGUAGGAACAGGAACUGCGACAGGGACGCAUAUAUAACAAACAAGUUAUUUUUAGCUGUAGAUUACCCUUCGCCUGCUGUAGUCGGAGUUGGUAGUACGACACGACACGUAUUUCUAUUUCCUCAGGACGACGAGUGUAGUUCUUGUUCUACAAGUAGUAUGAUAAUGAUGUAGUUCUGUAGUUCAACAAGAACAAGAACAUCCACCUCAUCCUCUAAUUUGCACAUGAUCGCGGAUGAAGCAACAGGCACGACAGCUUCUCCGGGGCCUACUGCUGCCUCUCCAGCAGGAGGCGAAGAGGGUGCUGCAACUUCAUCUGGUGGGGAUGUCCUAGUCCUAGAGGAAGUAGCAUCUUCUUCAAAUGGAGGUGGAGACAGUGCGACUGGCGAGACUCAGCAAAAUAAAACCAACAAGUCGUUCUUUUCAAAAAUCACCUCAGCAGUGUCAAAGCGCGGCACCUCAAAUGAGUCGGGUCCGAACAGCACCGAGAAAAACAAGGAUCUGCCGGAAGGACCGAAACGAUACCUAUCGUUUAAACAGGUACUAAGAUAUCAAAACGUCCAAGAUGAUUCAGAUUGUUUCUAUUUCUUCUUCUAAUGUUUUCUUAGAGGACCGACCCCUAGUAGUCGUGUCAUGGCCUAGGUAUAGGUUGAGCGGUACCCAUCUUCUCAGCACGCCUAGGUCUUCCUCCGUUCUCGUGCUUUGGAGCUGUCUUUGGAGACGAUUUUGACGGACGAAUGGAUGCGCAAGCGAUUCGUUCCGCCAGGACCGGAUGACCAUAGCUCGCAUUCCUUCUAUUUCUAUUCCUUGAUGCAGAACUGCAUAUCUUGUUAUGGAUUACAAGGUCAAGGCUGAUGAAGAUAUAUGCGUAAAAAAUCAUUAUUUCGGAGUAUCUUUUUCUACAUUUUUAAGUAGGUAAUUCUCGGUACAUCAAACAAGACGUAAAGAGGAUAUAUAUUUGUGGUGCUCGAUCUACAUACUUCAAAUAGGAUAUUAAACCUCCGGUCCUCGCAGGGCCGGUCCUUACCUAUGAAUGUUCGUGCUCUAAUCUUCCCCACCCGAGAUCUGGGGAGGCCUUUUGCGCACAGCGACCGAGAGCGAACUUCUUACGGACUACCAUAUCAGAUGGCUAUCCAGACUCUUCGGAAUUCUGAAUUAUGAUUGAAACAAGUACAAGUAGGAGUAGAUGACAACUUGUUCUAAAAUUCUUCAACACGGAGGAAGGAACACGUACACGAACAAUAAGGUUGAUGUUGCAUAACAGGGAGGUGGUUCAAGUGACCUUGUUCUUUUAGUUGCCAACAAGAACAACUACAUCAAGAAGGUCUUCAUACUUAGAUUAAUACGCGUACGUAGUGGAGGAUGUUGUUGUAUAUCUAUAUGCUUGAAAUAAGAGUCCACCACCUCUUGCCGCCAGUGCCAGCUAGUGGAUGUUGUUGUAUAUGCUUGAAAUAAGAGUCCACCACCUCUUGCCACCCAGUGCCAGCACUUCUAAUCUCCGGUCGACUGGAUGGAUGAGGUUUUUCACGCAGAGAGGAAAGACAUGGCGGUCAAAGCGGAGCAAUUACGCAACGAAAUUCGUGGUGUGAAAACGGCGUCGCCCUCAUUGACUGACCAGGAAAUCGAGAAACAUCACAAAAAGAAAGUCAAUGCUAGUCGAGAUUUGGUACUAGAGACUAGAGGUAGUCGAGAUUUGGUAUAACUAGAGACAAGAACAAGUUCUACUUCUAGUAGUAGUACAGUUUAAACUACUUCUAGUAGUACAGUUUAUGUAGUUCAGUUUUAAAAAAAACAGUAGAAGUGGGGGGGGGGGCAACACAGUUUAAGUAGUAGUACAGAGAGUAGUACAGUUUAAAAGAUGAUCUUCAAGUUGACACUAAAAACUACAUCGACGAUGUUGAUGAAGAUGCUUCAUCAAGUUCUUGGUGCUUGUAAGUAUAGGCGAGAGUUGUACUUGACGAUGAACAUCAGCAGCAUCAAGUUUACUAGAUCUGCAUGGAGUUGGAGUACUUCUUCUAGUACCGUUCCCUCGACUAAUGGGACAAUAGUCGUCUUUCUUUUUUGUUUUUGCUUUUGUUAGAACGAUAUGCCUCCUCCCUCUCCGACACUUCGCCAGGUCCAGCUCUACAAGGGUCUCCGUCUCAAUAUGGAAGAUGCGUUGAAGCAUCGAGAGACGGUACUGAAAAAGCGGAACGACAACAUCAAACUAUUGGAGGCGGAGAUGCAAGAUUAUCGAGAGGAUCUGAUCAACAGCCAAGAAAAUUCCGUAGAAACUAGGGAAAAACUCACGAAGGAACUAGCUGAAGCCUCUGAGGUCCUGAAAGUGGACUUGGAAUCGAUCGAUGCAGACCGAAUUGCUGUGGAUCAAGAGAUCGAAGAGCUUGAAGUCAGGAAAAAAAAUCUGAAACUGGAGAUCGAAGAGGUAGUCGUGCUGGUUCAUCUUCAUCUAAGUACUUUUUGGUGGAUAAAAAUUAACUUUCUUAUUACUUAGAAAGUUAAUUUUUAUCCACCAAAAAGUACUUAGACACGACACUUUUUUUUCGAUGACACGACACUUUUUUUUCGAUGAUUUUGGAGGUGGAAGAUCAAGCAAGAUCCUUUCAAUCAUUUGAUGCGCAAGAAUAGCGACUUCUAGCCAGCCGCGUCAUCCUGAUCAUCAACUUGAAAACCAACCUUCAUCUAUCAUGCAAAUAAUCAUCUCACAGGUAACCCAACUUCUCCUAAUCGCUCGGCAGAAGCAGAAGCAUUUCAUGAUGGAGCAGGAUGCCAAAAGGACGAACAUGUAUGGCGAGAAGGACCGAUUCAAGCGCGAAAUCAGCGAAAAAGAGCGGUUGGGUUUGGAAUGCCAAUUGGGAACACAGGUUUUGCACCAAAUAUCCCAAAUAGUCACAGUCACGGAGAAACAGAUGACAGCGAGUCUUUCGAAACAAAUCACGGAACUGGCGAAGAAGAGGGAUCAGUACCUUGUUUUCUUCUUCCAACACCGUGAUGACCAGUUCGCAGGUUGAGAAUGACUAUGCAGCUCAAAACGGCUUCUGCUUGUUGAAACCCACCAUGAACCUUCAACUUAUUAAUUCGGUAAAAAUGUCUCUACUCGGGUCACAACGGAACCAGGCAGUUACUUGUAGCUGCUACGUGCCACGUGGUUCGAAUGAAUGAAUGAGUGAAUGAAUGAACAAUACUACUGCGACCUGUCUUUACAACAAAUACACACUACACAUCACAAGGUUCGACCAACAUUUUGUGGAAGUUUUACGGGACCAUUGCCGCUAUGAGGAGGACAGGAUUACCUCUAUUGGCGAAAUAGCGAAAGUGUCCUGCGGACGCCUGAUCCAACUGUCGGACGAAGACUCAAGUACGGGUUUGCCAACCACUGGAAGUGUUAUGAUCAUGUUGAUGAUGUGUGAGUGUGACUGAACUAUUACAAAUACAAUUAGACCUGUCACUCGUUGUAACGAAAGAUUUUUGGGGUAGAUGUAGGCUCUCUAAUUCCCGCAAAGACCAGGCGACUGGUCCUGGAGGUGCUCCCCUCACCCGCGCCGAAUUUCUUGUCCGGGAACGGCACAUUUUCACGCGCGCGACGCAUGAUUUGGAGGUUGUUUGGACGGACAUUGUCAAUUUUCGACGUGCUCAUGAAGAACAAAUCUCAGGGAGUACAGUCCUGCGCGACAGCCUAACGAGGAUGGAACAGAAGUACAGGGCAAUUCGCCAACACCUAGCGCCAGGACUGGAAUUGAUGUUAUGAAUGUGGUGGGUUCUUUUUACAGGAACAAGAUGAUGAAUGUUGUUGAAAUCAUUAGUAGACUUUUUUUGACUAAACAAGAAGGUUCACAAGCUCAUUAGUAGACUUUUGUUCUACGUCCUCUUAUACAUAGUUCGUUGUAGCUUUAGCUAGGUGCUGCAAGAAAGAAGCUGCUCAUACGCGAUGUUGAAAAGGUGCAACUUCUCGUUUUCUGGAAAGUGUUGUCCUCUAAUAUCUGUGACUUCAAACAUGGGUCCUGACUCGCCGUUGAGUACUCCUGGCGCAACUGGGCCUGCGGUAGGAAGUCUAGCAAACAGUGUUGCUGCUGCGGCAGUAUCUACUAAGCCUCCUGCUGAUGCUAGUGCAAAUAACGCUGCGCCUGUGGAGAAGAAAGUUCCACCGCCACCUCCACCAGCUCCACCUGCGGCGCCGAAGAAUGCAGGAGACCUGGUUGUCGAAGAUGUGUCUGCCUCGACACCUGCUGCGCCAGCUAAUGCGCUAUCAUCCGCGAGCGACAGUUCCUUGGUCGACCUGGCGACUGAGCCGGUUCCACCGAUAUCAACAGAAGACGAAAAGAAAGUUGAAUCAACUCCAGCGGCUCCUGUAGUUGCUCCAUGUAGUACAACAGCGUCAGAAGAGAAAGUCGAGACACCAGAAGCGCCUGCAGCGCCUCCUGCUCCAGCAGAAGUUCCGAAUGCACCACCAAUCGCCUCUGAGGAAGCCGUCAAAUCAGAGACAAAGGAGUCGCAGAAGAACCCUAGUACUAGUACUGCCUCUGAGACCGUUCCUGCCUCAUCUCCGACAACUAGCGUCGACCAACCGUCGACUGCAGCAGCUGCUGCCGAAAAAGAGACGUCUUCGACCUCCGAGCCUCCAACAACAGCAGCUCCAGAAAGGAAAAACUCGAAGAACGCGAGGAAAAAGAAAAAAUCGAAACAGGGAAAAGAAGAAGAAGAGGAUGAAGACUUCGCUAUCGCUUAAGGCGAAAUGUGAUAAACAUCGACGUGUCCGCUGUAAAUUUAUCUUUUUCUGUUUGUAUUUUUUUUGACUCCAUUUAAUCAUUUCGAUUUGUACAGAAGUUAUACAAGAUGAAUAAACAGGUAGAUGAAGCUGGAACAAGAAAGAUUAUUCUCAAGAGAUACCGAAUCGUUAUUGAAAAAUACAAUUCAAGUGAAGGUCUGCCCACCAUCUGAUUAUAGGCUUGGCCUUUAUUGUAAGUAUGCCUUUAUAAGUAGCAGCAUGAAUACUUCAUUAUCAUUACGAUUACUCCUUUUCUUGUAUCAAGAUCUGAGUCCUCCCCUGUGUAGAGCAGACCCGCCAUCUUCUAGUACUUCGGUACCCGUAUCUUCUUGAUGCAUGCACGUUCCUCAAUUGUCUCUGAUGCAUCGACGACCAAAAAUUGGGCUGAUUUUCAGUAUACUGAAAAAAACCCAAAUUCAUCCCAUGUGGUUGAUCAUUCAUCACAUCAGAAUACCACGACAACAAAGCGAC